ACACGUCCAUCUUGAUGGUCCGUGUCAGUCACAGCUGGCUAGUUGGCUGCCACAAGUUGAGCACUAAGCGGCGAGUCUGGGGCCAGCGAGUCGCUGCAAGGAUUCCCCCGGUGCGGAACGUCACUAAAAGAUCCUGAAUGCUGAGAGGAGAAUGAAUCCUUUAGGUCAUCGAAGACCUCUACGUGUCUCUGCUGCUGUCUGCCCUCGUCUCUGCCCUCGCUAGUGGCCAUACCACAGGGUAGGAAAGGCAAGGCUGCCCCAGUAAAUAUGCCUGGAUGGAGGUCUCGGUGGCGCCUUGUCCUGCUGAACUCCCUCACCUGUGGCCUGGAGAUCUGUGUGGCAGCUGGGAUCACGUAUGUGCCCCCGUUGCUGCUGGAGGCUGGAGUGGAGGAGCGCUACAUGACUAUGGUUCUAGGUAUCGGUCCAGUCCUCGGCCUCCUCUUCGUCCCUCUAAUUGGCUCCGCCAGUGACCACUGCAACAGCAGUUAUGGCAGAAGGCGACCUUUCAUCUGGCUGCUCUCUCUGGGAGUCCUCUUGGCACUUUUUAUCAUUCCCUAUGCAGACGUCCUGGCUGCACACUUUGCCUGGGGCGGACACACCUUACAGGUUGCUUUCCUUAUCCUUGGAGUGGGUCUUCUGGACUUUUGUGGACAAGUAUGCUUCACACCAUUGGAGGCACUGUUGUCAGACCUCUAUCGAGACGGGGAAGACUGCAACCUAGCCUUUGCAAUGUUCUCCUUCAUGGUCAGCCUGGGAGGCUGCGUGGGAUACUUGCUUCCUGCGAUAGACUGGAGCCAUAGCCUGCUCGCCGUUUACCUCGGAGGCCAGGCCCAGUGCCUCUUCUUUCUCCUCAUCUUCAUCUUCAUCUCCAGUGUUCUCAUCACUAUGAAAGUGUCCGACUCUGCUGAACCCUACCGCGCAAUCAGCCGCUCCGCAACCGCCGAGUCUCUGCUGGAUUCAGGCGGCGCUACAAUGGAAUCUGACCAGUGUGGCGUCUCUCGCUCCUGCUGCUACCUGUUGAAGUGCAAGCUGAGGCUGCUGAAGACCGGACCGCUGCUGUGUUUGCUAAGAACAUGCGGUUCCAUGGCUCCCGCCAUCUACAGAAGCUACUGCCAUGUCCCCAGGGUGAUGUGGCAGCUGUGUGUGGCUCACCUCUGCAACUGCAUGGCCGUCAUGUCCUUCAUGCUCUUCUUCACAGUCUUUGUAGGGGAAGGUGUGUACAGUGGUGUGCCAAACGCUGAACCAGGAAGUGUGCCCAAACAAAGAUAUGAUGAAGGCGUCCGCAUGGGAAGUCUGGGCUUGUUCCUGCAGUGCGCUACCUCAACCUUCUUCUCCAUGGUCAUGAGUCGCAUGGUUGCCCACUUCGGGUCUCGCCGGGUGUACUUGAGCGGCAUGGUGAGCUUCACCGCCUCCGCUCUGGUCAUCUGCCUUUCCAAAAGCGUGGUGCUGGUCACGAUCAUGGCCGCCCUCACCGGCUACGCCUACGCCACCCUGCAGACCUUACCCUACACCCUCACCUGCCUCUACCACAAAGAGAAGAAGGUGUUCAUGCCAAAAAGGAAGACCAAACACGUGCAUAAAAACGGCAUCAAAAACAUAACCAAGCGGGACUAUUUGGCGGCUGCAGAAGAGGGACUAACCAACGCCGCUGGCGCCCCCUACAGCCAGGACACUUACUACUCCGCUUCCCUCACUCAGAACGGAAUCACAGAACAGGACCAGCCGGAGUUGGGAUACGAAAACCGUGGCGUGGGCUUGGACUUUGCCAUUUUAGACAGCACCUUCCUCCUCGCUCAGGUUAUCCCCACCCUUUUUAUGGGCGCCAUUGCGCAAUUGGCACAGUCUGUGACGGCGUACAUGGCCUGCUCCGCCAUCUUGGGCGUCGUCGGCAUCUAUUUUGCCACUCACGUCGUCUUUGACCAAAAGGACCUCAAAGGCCGAGACUUGGACGGGAAACCCAUGGAGAAGAUUGUGGAGUAAUCAGUUUCCCUUUGGGUGGAGAGGAGGUGAACAAUGCACUAAAGGAUCGUUUGGUAUCCCAGGAGGCCUUGCUCCAUUGAAACAGCACCUUAUCAAGUGUGCCGAUACGAGGCAGUGGAGAUAAAAAGUGAACAUAUCAUCAGCAACGUGCAGCUACAUCAAUUACACCUGUUUACCCUGUUAAUAAUGCUGGUGCACAUAACUACUUGCAGGGUAUUUACAUGCUUUUAGUUUGGUACUAAGACCCCUCAUCACCUUCCUUUACAGCCAAGUAGGGGAACACUGCAGGACUAACCCUUUACAGUCAUUCUUUGGUCAGGGCAUUGAACCAGGUUGUCUUAGAAGACUAUUUCAUCGGUUCUUGUUUAAAACUCGAGCUGUCCUAUCUAAUCAUGAGAAAGAACCGAUGAAGCCUCUAAUGAAUCGUUCACAACUGGACUGUCCAGGUUGUCUUAGAAGACUAUUUUAUCAGUUCUUGCUGAAGAACUCCAGGUUUCCUAUCUAGUCAUGAGAAAGAACCAAUGAAGCCUCUAAUGAAUCGUUCACAACUGGACUGUCCAGGUUGUCUUAGAAGACUACUUCAUCGGUUCUUGCUGAAAGAGUCAAGCUGUCCUAUCUAGUUAUGAGAAAGAACCAAUGAAGCCUCUAAUGAAUCGUUCACAACUAGACUGUCCAGGUUGUCUUAGAAGACUAUUCCAUCGGUUCUUGUUUAAAACUCGAGCUGUCCUAUCUAGUCAUGAGAAAGAACCGAUGAAGCCUCUAAUUAAUUGAUCACUACUGGACUGUCCAGGUUGUCUUAGAAGACUAUUUCAUCGAUUCUUGUUUAAAACUCAAGCUGUCCUAUCUAGUCAUGAGAAAGAACCGAUGAAGCCUCUAAUGAAUCGUUCACAACUGGACUGUCUAGGUUGUCCUAGAAAACUAUUUCAUCGGUUCUUGCCGAAGGACUCGAGCUGUCCUAUCUAGUCAUGAGAAAGAACCGAUGAAGUCUCUAAUGAAUCAUUCACAACUGGACUGUCCAGGUUGUCUUUGACUAUUUCAUCGGUUCUUGCUGAAAGAAUCAAGCUGUCCUAUCUAGUUAUGAGAAAGAACCGAUGAAGCCUCUAAUUAAUCAUUCACAACUGGACUGUCCAGGUUGUCUUAGAAGACUAUUUCAUCAGUUCUUGUUUAAAACUUGAGCUGUCCUAUCUAAUCAUGAGAAAGAACUGAUAAAGCCUCUAAUUAAUUGAUCACUACUGGACUGUCCAGGUUGUCUUAGAAGACUACUUCAUCGGUUCUUGCUGAAAGAGUCAAGCUGUCCUAUCUAGUUAUGAGAAAGAACCAAUGAAGCCUCUAAUGAAUCAUUCACAACUGGACUGUCCAGGUUGUCUUAGAAGACUAUUCCAUCGGUUCUUGUUUAAAACUCGAGCUGUCCUAUCUGGUCAUGAGAAAGAACCGAUGAAGCCUCUAAUUAAUCAUUCACAACUGGACUGUCCAGGUUGUCUUAGAAGACUAUUUCAUCAGUUCUUGUUUAAAACUUGAGCUGUCCUAUCUAAUCAUGAGAAAGAACCGAUAAAGCCUCUAAUUAAUUGAUCACUACUGGACUGUCCAGGUUGUCUUAGAAGACUACUUCAUCGGUUCUUGCUGAAAGAGUCAAGCUGUCCUAUCUAGUUAUGAGAAAGAACCAAUGAAGCCUCUAAUGAAUCAUUCACAACUGGACUGUCCAGGUUGUCUUAGAAGACUAUUCCAUCGGUUCUUGUUUAAAACUCGAGCUGUCCUAUCUGGUCAUGAGAAAGAACCGAUGAAGCCUCCAAUUAAUUGAUCACUACUGGACUGUCCAGGUUGUCUUAGAAGACUAUUUCAUCGAUUCUUGUUUAAAACUCAAGCUGUCCUAUCUAGUCAUGAGAAAGAACCAAUGAAGUCUCUAAUGAAUCGUUCACAACUGGACUGUCCAGGUUGUCCUAGAAAACAAUUUCAUCGGUUCUUGCCGAAGGACUCGAACUGUCCUAUCUAGUCAUGAGAAAGAACAGAUGAAGCCUCUAAUGAAUCAUUCACAACUGGACUGUCCAGGUUGUCUUAGACUAUUUAAUCGGUUCUUGCUGAAAUAAUCAAGCUGUCCUACCUAGUUAUGAGAAAGAACCGAUGAAGCCUCUAAUGAAUCGUUCACAACUGGACUGUUCAGGUUGCCUUAGAAGACUACUUCAUCGGUUCUUGUUUAAAACGCAAGCUGUCCUAUCUAGUCAUGAGAAAGAACCGAUGAAGCCUCUAAUGAAUCGUUCACAACUGGACUGUCCAGGUUAUCUUAGAAGACUAUUUCAUCAGUUAUUGUUUAAUACUCGAGCUGUCCUAUCUAAACAUGAGAAAGAUCCGAUGAAGCCUCUGAUGACUUAAUCACUUAUGGACUGUUUAGGUUGUCUUAUAAGAUGUUUCACAUGUCUGACCAGGGUUCAUCACUACAUGCUCAAGGCUAAAGCUGUCCUAUCUUGUCUUGAGCAUGAACCGAUGCAGCCUACUGGGACCCACUGUAAACAUUAUAUGGACUUUCACUGUGCUUUUUGAAGUUAAAUGAAGGUUUCUCUGGGUCUAUCUAGUUAGGUUGGUUAAAGACAUCUCUUUUGCUUUAUCAAUGACUUGUUAUGAAGCUGUCCUAUCUUGUCCUGAGCACAAACUGCUUGGAUGAGAGUUGAAACGUCCUGUAAGACAACCCUCACAGUUUGCUGAGUUAAACCUGCAGAUGCCUUCUCUUCCAGUCGCUAGUGUUGACCACAACUAUCCAGCUGCAAUACCGUAUGCCGCCUGGCCAGGUUCCUUGCUGACACUGCAGAGCGGCUUUUACUCUUAUCUGUCUUCAUAGCUCAGGUUUAAUGUCAUGCCUUGAACGUGCCAUCUUCAUUAGGAAGAAGAAUCCCAAGUACACAACAUUUGUAACACACCUUCAUUCCCUCACAUCAUUGCACUCCUUUGACAAUCUUGGACUUGAAGUGAAGAUAGUCAACACUAAUGUAGGCUACAAAUAUGCUUCUGCACUGUUUAUGGUUUUAUUAGAGCAUGUUUCUUUCUGCUCUGAUUCUACUUGGGCAAAAGGAAACAUUGAUGGGUUGCACAAUCAGUUAAGUGCCUGUGUAUUUUAUAGACUUUUGUACAUAUGUUUUUAUUUAUGAUACUUUUAUGUCAAGAAGAAACAAAUGUUUUUAAUUAUUGGCCUGUAGCAUCUGCUGUAGGUGCAAUGGAUAAGGGCUAUUUUUGUGAAAAGGAUAAAUUAUUUGUAUAGACGACGUGCUAAGUUAUUUGAACAAUGUUCUUUGCUACUCCUUUCCUUUUAUUACCACUAGUCUCAAAUACAUCAACUUUUCAUUAUUAACCACGCUUUCUUUUAGCUCCUCUUGCAACCAAAUGUCCUGUUAGAUUCAUGUUUUUAAGCAAAUGUCCUGUUUUUAAAGUGCCAAUUUCACACUCCCAAGGCCAGAAAGAUCAAAAUAUAUAGUUUGUCAUUGACGCAUGCAGCCAUGACAGGAUGGUGUUCAUUUUACGUUCAUAACGUUCUGUCAGCAAUAAAAUGUCA